AUGCUCUUUAAUACUCCGGUAAUCUGCUGUAUCGUUUCGAUUCCAACCUUAUCAACAUUUAAAGAUGUUGCAGAGGCAUUGAUGAAGUCAUUGACAAGAGAUUCUAAUCCCGAACUCGCGACUGAGGUGGGUGUUGUUGAACCACUGAGAAAUCGACGUCGUAUAUUUAACAUGCUUUCAUACUGCGUCCACCAUUGUAAGCAAAAGACGGACAAAAAAAGGACAAUAGAGGCAGCAGAUGCGCGGAGAUACUGCACAAUUAAUUUUAUACGUUUUCAAAAAUAA